GCCUCUACUGUAGCCUUCCAGAAUUCAAACACCCAAGAUGUCGUUUUCCUGUACCAAAAACUUCUUCCAACGGUUCUGUAUUGAUGAAUUCCAAAUGGAAACUGUAACCCAUAGUAGCUUCCUGUCUGAAGAUCUCCUUCCAUCACUAGGAGCUAGAAUAAACCAAGAAACCAGGCUUCGAAGACGUAUCAUUUCACCUUUCAAUCCCCGUUACAGGGCUUGGGAGAUGUGGCUGAUUGUUCUAGUAAUCUACUCUGCGUGGAUCUGUCCAUUUGAGUUUGCCUUCCUGACUUACAAGAAAGAUGUACUCUUCAUUGUUGACAACAUUGUCAAUGGCUUUUUUGCUAUCGACAUCAUUCUCACUUUCUUCGUUGCAUACCUCGACAGCCACACUUAUCUUCUAGUUGACGAUCCAAAGAAAAUUGCAAUCAGGUACAUAUCUACCUGGUUCAUUUUCGAUGUCUGUUCGACCGCUCCAUUUCAGUCUAUGAGCUUUUUGUUCACAGAUAACAGCAGCGAACUUGGUUUCAGAUUGCUCAACAUGCUCAGACUAUGGCGUCUGAGACGAGUCAGUUCACUGUUUGCGAGACUUGAGAAGGACAUCAGAUUUAACUAUUUUUGGUUACGCUGCACAAAGCUCAUAUCUGUAACAUUGUUCGCGGUACACUGCGCCGGAUGUUUCAACUAUUUUAUUGCAGAUAGAUACCCUGAUCCAGCAAAAACCUGGAUUGGUGCAGUUAACCCAAAUUUCAAAAGAGAGAGUCUUUGGGACAGAUAUGUGACCGCACUAUACUGGUCUAUUACAACACUAACAACUACAGGAUAUGGUGAUUUGCAUGCAGAGAAUACCAGGGAGAUGCUCUUUGACAUCUUUUACAUGCUGUUCAAUUUAGGAUUGACGGCUUACCUCAUUGGCAACAUGACUAACCUUGUAGUUCACUGGACGAGCCGGACCAGAAAUUUUAGGGAUACAGUGAGAGCAGCUACAGAAUUUGCAACAAGAAACCAGUUGCCUCAGCGCAUCCAGGAUCAAAUGUUGUCACAUUUAUGUCUGAAGUUCAAAACAGAAGGAUUGAAACAGCAAGAUACAUUGACUGGUCUGCCUAAAGCAAUUCGCUCAAGCAUUGCACAUCAUCUUUUCUACCCUAUUGUUCAAAAAGUCUAUCUUUUCCAAGGAGUUUCUCAUGACUGCCUUUUCCAGUUGGUUUCAGAAAUGGAGGCCGAGUAUUUUCCCCCGAAGGAAGAUGUGAUUCUCCAGAAUGAAGCUCCGACAGACCUUUAUAUACUGGUUUCAGGAGCAGUGGAUCUGAUAGCCUAUAUUGAUGGAUGUGAAAAGGUUAUUAGAAAGGCAACUGCGGAAGACUUGUUUGGAGAGGUUGGAGUUCUAUAUCAGAAACCCCAGCCAUUCACCGCCAGAACUACUGAGAUCUCCCAAAUACUACGGCUGAACAGGAGUUCACUAACGAACACCAUACAGACAAAUAUGGAAGAUGGGCGUGUCAUAAUGAACAAUCUCUUCAUGAAACUGGAAGGGCUAGAAAGCAAAAGCUUUGAAAACCUAAACAGGAAUCCAGGAAUGAACCUUGGGGAAUGGUUUGAUGAAGGACUGAUGGGAGGAUGCUAUUAUUCAGCAAGAAGUCAAGACUAUUCACAUCAAGGAUCAUUCUCACAGGAAGUUGUCCGUGGACAGAAGGCUAAAGAAAAGUAUGCAGCAGGCAAAGGUCAAAACUUUACUGCAUCCCUGCUGGAUGUAAAUGAAACUGCUGCGGAUGGUCAGACAGCACUUCAUGCUGCCGUGCAAAAUGGUCAUAUUGAAAUGGUCAAGAUUCUGCUAGAUGGAGGGGCAAAUGUAAACAAAACCGAUGCUAGAGGAUGGACCCCAAAAGCUCUGGCUGAAAGUCAAGGUCACAAAAGCAUAUACGAGCUCUUACUAAUUUAUGAAAAUAGAAGGAUGAUGAAGGAACACAAAAUAGAUUUUGAGUUGGAAACGGAGGACAAAACGAAGAAUGGUCAAAGGAAACAAGGAAGAAAUGAUGGCCCCAACUCUUUUCACUCAAAUAAAGUAGCCACGAACUCUGGUGCAAGCAUUUCUUGUUGUCUUGGUGACAAAGAAAUCAAUGAGUCCAAGAAGAGAAUCACCAUCCACGCAAAGUAUGAAAAAAGAGGAGCAACAGCAUAUAAACAGGGAAAGCUAAUACUUCUACCUGAUUCAUUAGAAGAGCUGCUUAAAAUCGCCGGUGAAAAUUUUGGAGGCUACAAGUUUAGAAAAGUCGUCAAUUCUGAAAAUGCAGAAAUAGAUGAUAUUCACGUCAUUCGAGAUGGAGAUCAUUUGUUUCUCCUAGAAAAUGACACUGAAGAUAAUGAUUGCAAUGUGACAUAACAACCACUGAAAGUUUAUGAUAUGAUGACAUAUAGUGAUGCUCAUAACGGCUAGGCAAUGUAUGGCAAUCUCUAACAAAUAAUUGAAUUGAUUACAUCCGCCGACCAAUAUGGAGUUAUGGACCUCCAAACCAAUAUAGUUAAUGGAGCUUGAUGAUUCAAGAGUCCUAAAAAUAAAGCGACAAAAUGAAAGCAGAAUCAGGAUCAUCAGGGGAAAAUCAAUAAAAAUAAAUAAAUUUCUUUGCAGCCAAACACAGAUGAUCGAAGAAAACCUUCAACUAACUGCGUAACAUCAAAAUCUUUGUUGGUAGGUAAUAUCCUUCUCUUAUUAGCCUCUACGAAUACAUGACAAACGCCAAAUUUCUAAUACUUCAAGUUUGUGCUACGACUUUGGUUCACUAACAUUAUAAACAUCCUGAAACUACUCUCGAUUUGAAUGCUAAAACCCAUAGAUCUUAUGUAUUUAAUUGUGU